AUGUCGGACGAGUACGUUGUUUUCACCGACAAGCUCACGUUCCAGUACCCCGACGAGAAGCGGCUCGGGUUGAGCAACAUCGAUGUGCAGCUGAAGAAGGGCGACAAGCUGCUUCUUGUCGGGCCCAACGGCGCAGGCAAGUCGACGCUGUUGAAGAUCCUCGCCGGCAAGAAGCUGGUCAGACGCGGCCGCAUCGAGCUCUUCGGCGUCAACCCCUUCGACCUGCGCAGCAACUUCAUGUUGAACGACAAGACCAUUGUCUACCUCGGCACCGAGUGGGCCAACAACGAGAUCACCAAGCGGGACAUCCGCGUCGACGAGUUGAUCCGCAGCGUCGGCGGCGACGUCUACAGCAAAAGGAGGGACCAGCUUGUCGACCUCUUGGAGAUCGACACCCGCUGGCGCAUGAACCGCUGCUCCGACGGCGAGAGAAGACGCGUGCAGUUGUGCAUGGGUCUCCUCAAGCCCUUCGACCUCCUGCUUCUCGACGAGGUCACCAUCGACCUCGACGUCUUGGUCAGACAGAGGCUCCUCCAGUUCUUGUACGACGAGACCGACCGCCGCGGCUGCUGCAUCAUCUAUGCCACACACAUCUUCGAUGGCCUUGGCCGCUGGGCCGACCGUGUUGUGCAUCUCAGCGGCGGCGAGUUCGUCGAGGCCUACGACAGGGACAAUGUUGUGUUUGUGGACACCGACGCCGACGCCGCUGCCCGCCGCGCCCAACCCGCCGACGCGUCGGUGGCGCAGCUUUUUGUGGCCAAGGUGGCCAGUCUCUACCCGGUGGCGUUGCAGUGGCUCAGCCGCGACCACGUUACGCGGGCUGCCCAGUGA